ACGAGAAGGGAAGCAGCAACUCACAAAGCCCGCCCAUCUAGCUGGCUUCCGUACUGCAACAUGAGCGCUCCUCGUUGGUCAUGUGACCUGGAAAAAAUGGGAGAAAGAAGGAAGAUAAAUGUUUGUUCAACGUGGAUUUGCCCGAGACUGACAAUCUUUUCUAACGGAUGAAUAAAGCACCUGCAGAGGAAGAAGUGGAGGAGCGACGAUGAAGCUGAACGAACGCAGCGUGGCUUACUACGCCACCUGCGACUCGCCGCCCGACAAGACGGGCUUCCUGUUCAAAAAGGGAGAGCGCAACACGGCCUACCACCGUCGCUGGUUUGUCCUGAAGGGCAACAUGCUUUUCUACUUCGAGGAGCGGGAGAGCCGCGAGCCCAUCGGCGUCAUCAUCCUGGAGGGCUGCACCGUGGAGCUCUGCGAGUCGGCCGAGGAGUUCGCAUUCGCCAUCAAAUUUGACUGCGCCCGGUCGCGGGUGUACAAGAUGGCGGCAGACAACCAGGCCGCCAUGGAGUCGUGGGUGAAAGCGUUGUCACGGGCAAGCUUUGACUACAUGAGGCUAGUGGUGAAGGAGCUGGAGAGGCAGCUGGAGGAGAUCCAGGAGGCUGCCAACGGAAGCAGGGCAAGGAUGUCCAAGCGAGGGUCCAAAUCAAGAUCUGGAGCGUCUUCGUCAUCGUUAUCCUCUUUAUCAUCAUCUUCGAGCACCUCUUCCACAGCCGCCUCAGGACAAAAGACACACCAGGAUGAUUCCCAGCUCGUAUCUGGAUCUUACAGAGAGAACGGUGUAGCGUGGAGCAAACCACACUUAGCUAACGGUACCCCCGACGGAGUGUCCUCCCUUGUGGCCUGGGAGGGAGGGGCUGACCCUGGGAACGGCUGCUUUGGGAUGGAUCACCGGGCCAACGGGGCCAAAGCGCCACCUGUGCCACCCAGAAGAAGAGGAGCCUCUCUGGAGAGCCCCGUCUGCCCUGGCACCGGAUGCUUUACCAAGCUUCACGACUGGUACGGCCUGGAGGUGGAGGAACUGAGGGCCCAGUGGCUGCAGAACCAAUAAACUUCUGGAAGAAUUUAUCAUUCCGGUGGUUGAAGCCUACCCAAGCUGACUUAAUGAAAAAGGAAGACGGCAUUAUUUACCGAUCGCUGCACAAUUGUAUUGCAGUUGCAAGUCAGCUGUGUGAACCACUACACUAUGAAAUACAUCAUUCCUUACUAACAAAUGCUUUGCUUCACCGCUCAGAGAGGACUUAAUAGGAAAUGAUGCUACAUCCUGUCUGGCACAGGAGGAGGAAUCAAUCUUGCCUUAUUUACUUUACAGUCUGGGUGGUAGUCACAAAAUAUCACAGAUUCAUUGCUUAAUGAAACAAAAUAACUCUUGAGAAUUAUGUAGCUUACUUUCACUGCAUGUCUUAAUGUCUCAUAAUUUAGUGCCUCUGCGUUUACUUUUAGGUGACCUAUAUCCAUUGUACUUACAUUCCCUGAACACCUCGAGUAACACAUGGCUACAGAAAGGGUCGAUACAUACGUAAGCAUUGCUGUUCAGUUUGACUUGGACUGACUCUGUAAAAGCAAAUGUGUUGUUUUUUAUCUGUGACAUUCAAGUAUUUCAAAGUCCUCAGAGAGCAAAAGAAAAUAUGAUUAUAUAUAGUGAGCAUUUUAAUUCCUGAGGCACAACUUUUGACUGUGAUCGCAAUUUGUAUCCUCUUCUUUUUCUUUUCUGUUUUUAAUUGUAACCUUUCGAGUUAGUCCUUUUACCUCUUCUAUGUAGCCAUGGAAACGAUUGGAGAAUGGUUAGGAUCUAUUUUGGAACACUGACCAAAUGGGGCGUACUUUUUUUGUGGAACGCACUUAUGCACUCUUAUAUCUAUGUGGAAGUAUACAAUUCUAAAAAAUGUAAAGGCAUUCUGGGUACCGUAUUUGAGUAUAAGUCGCUCCGGAGUAUACGUCGCACCGGCCGAAAAUGCAUAAUGAAGAAGAAAAAAAUCAUAUAUCAGUCACACUGGAGUAUAAGUCGCAUUUUUGGGGGAAAUUUAUUUGAUAAAACCCAACACCAAUAAUAGACAUUUGAAAGGCAAUUUAAAAUAAAGAAUAGUGAACAACAGGUUGAAUAAGUGAACGUUAUAUGACGCAUAAAUAACCAACUGGGAAGGUGCCUGGUAUGUUAACAUAACAUAUUAUGGUAAGAGUCAUUCAAAUAACUAUAACAUAUAGAACAUGCUAUACGUUUACCAAACAAUGUGUCACUCCUAAUCGCUAAAUCCCAUGAAAUCUUUUACGUCUAGUGUCUUACGUGAAUGAGCUAAAUAAUAAUAUUUGAUAUUUUGCGGUAAUGUGUUAAUAAUUUCACACAUAAGUCGCUCCUGAGUAUAGGUCGCACCCCUGGCCAAACUAUGAAAAAAACUGCGACUUAUAGUCCGAAAAACACUGUAAAUGUUUUUUUGUCUUUUUAAUUAACAUUUUAAUUGGCUUUUUACUACUUUUUAUUGCAAAUUUCGCUGUGCUCUAGUUUGCUCAACCAAUCUAAAGGAAUCAAAACAAUGAUAAAGAGCUUCUUUAAAUAUGCUUUGGAUAAGGAACUUCAUGUCAAAAUGUAAAAACUUGCAUAAAAAAUGGAUACACAUAUACUAUAACUUACAAUUAGGCUAAAUUAUGAUUAUUAUGGGGGUUAAGUUUAUGCUUAUGACAUCUGGCUCUCGAUUACAAUUUUUUUCCAUUCUAUUUGCUAAAAUUGCAGCGUGAGGAUUUUUGACUGUGUUUAUUUUCCGCUUACUCUGCCAUGACAUGUAGUUGUAGUGGGCCACAUUGAAGAAUGUGGAAAAUUGGGUUACUUGAAGCGUGUAGUCUAACCAUUGCACAAAACAACACUGCUUCCAAGAGUAGUGUAGUGUGUAUAUAUGCUUUUGCAAUCAUAAUUUAGUGGGGUUUCUUUUAAUCCAAUUUAAGUAAAGAAACGGAUGCGGACCAUGGCUGAAAUCAUAUGUUGGUAUCCAGGUGUUUUCAGCUUUAUUCAGUUUUUUGCUUGUGGCUUAAAAAUAUGUAUUGGUAAGGUUUACUGGAUUAAAUUGGGGCCCUUUAUCGUUUGGCUGCACAAUGAAAUAAUUUUGUUUAUUCAUAGUUCACAAAGAGAGUGUUGUUAUCAACGAGCAUGUAAGCUUGUAGUUCUUCUUCCAUGCUGGAAGUUGCACGCCAGUACUUCCACGGUGACUAAGUCAGUGCACAUUCACAAGGCAUUUACUUUGCUGUUGCUUUAUAUUUAUUUUUAUAAGCAUUUUCCAGUCAAAUGUUUUUAUAGGACCACGUUCAUUUCUAUUUUAGAAGUCAUGUUUUUUUUUUCUCUCGGUGAGAAUUUUUAACCAUGGUUGGGUGCUUCAGCCUGCAUCGAUGCACAGCAUUAACAUUAUUGUCGCACAUUUGACUUUCCUAAAAAUAAUGUUACAUAGGGGAUGUUAAUUUUUUAUUAUUGCAUUUUUACAAUGGACAUUUGCAUGAACUUGGAAUCAGAUCCCUUUUUAUUGACCUCAACUGACAUUGGCCUUUUAUAUAUCUUCAUAAAUAAUACUGUAUGUUGAUAUAAACUUAAGAAUUAACGAUUAAAACGAACCAAUUAUCCUGUUUAAAGACUCUAGUGAGAUGUUUCAGUUUUAGUAAUGUUACUUCAAUGUCAUAAACAGUGUUCCUUCUAUUUGCACGUGUUGUUAAAAGUAACCAAUAAUACCAAACCUAUUAUUGUGCUCUCAAAAAUCUGACAAAAUAAUCUGUUUGUAUUUAAACUUUAUUUAAUUAUGAUUAAUUUAAUCACUGUGUAAUACAUCGAAAAAGUGCCAGUUUGGUCAUGAAAAUUUCACAUUAAAAUUUAAUUUUUUUCUGUUUUUUCAUAACAUUGAAACAUAUUUUACAGAUAAGUAUUAUGAAUAAUCAAUAUUGACGAAUAUUGUGAUAUUCAUGGUACUUUCAAUUCCAAUUGUUUGUUACUGUAAAUGACCUAAUAAACUGUUGACAUAUGGAA